GUCUGAUCCAAGCAGUACUGUCCACAGACCUCAGCCUCUCCCUCCAAGCACUGUACACCAAAGCAGCCUCCCUUCAAAUCCAGAGAGCAGCUCUGCCUAUUGCCUCCCCAGCACCAGGCAUGGAUUUUCCAGCUAUACAGACAGCUUUGUGCCUCCGUCUGGGCCCUCAAAUCCCAUGAACCCUGCCAUUGGCAAUGGCCUCUCACCUCAGGUAAUGGGACUCUUGACUAACCACGGUGGUGUGCCUCACCAGCCCCAAACUGAUUAUGCCCUGUCCCCUUUAACUGGGGGCCUGGAGCCCACCACCACUGUCUCAGCCAGCUGCAGCCAGCGGCUAGAUCAUAUGAAGAGUUUAGACAGUCUGCCCACAUCCCAGUCCUACUGCCCACCGACCUACAGCACCACGGGCUACAGCAUGGACCCUGUCACAGGCUACCAGUAUGGACAGUAUGGACAAAGUGCCUUUCAUUAUCUGAAGCCAGAUAUUGCAUAAAUGAACUGUCCACUUCAAGUUAAAGCUGGUCUUGUUUUCCGGUCUCACUCCAAGGCUUGGAUAAGAGGGAUCUUCUCAACACACUGCAG